AUGUUUAAGACCGAAUGGAGCUAUCCAGUGGAUAUAUGGAAUGUGGGCACUAUGAUUUGGGACCUCUUCGAAGGAAAACACAUGUUCUAUGGCAACGAUCCAGACGGGAAAGGAUAUUCUACCCGUGCGCACCUUGCGGAGGUGAUUGGCCUUCUAGGACCGCCACCGUUGGAUAUGUUAAAGCGCGGAAUACGGAUCAACGAGUUCUUCACUGAAGACGGUAUAUACUAUGUGGUUCUUGGAUCCACGAAGCGUCAGCAAGCGGCUUAUCAAUAUUCCAUAGGCCAAUGGAAACAAGAUAUCGAAAUACCAGAUCAAAGCCUAGAAAUGUCGGAAAAAUUCCUUAAUGGGAGAAACAAAGAGAUGUUUUUAACAUUCAUGAGGGUAACGUCGCAAUGGAAGCCAGAGGAUGGAAAGACGGCCAGAGAACUUCUUGAGGACCCUUGGCUCAAUGACCGACUAGACUAA